CAAGGAGCAGCAGUUUAAUUUCAGCAUCCCAAAAUAAAUUUGAACCUUUUCACCUGGCGGUCUCCUUCCGGUGAGAUUUUUUCGGCCGCCGCAUGAGUACGUCCUCGCCCGGCGAUGGCCUCGCAGCCCACGCCGGGGUGGGUGCUGCUGCUCAGCCUGCUGACCGGCUGCCUGCCGGCUGCCCAGCCCCGGGACUUCACCGUGAAGGACAUCGUCUACCUCCACCCUUCCACUACACCGUAUCCUCACGGAUUUAAGUGUUUCACCUGCGAGAAGGCAGCAGAUAAUUACGAGUGCAACCGAUGGGCUCCGGAUGUCUAUUGCCCAAGAGGUACAAGAUACUGCUUUAGCCAACACACGAUGAAAGUUACCGGGGAGAGCGUAUCCGUCACCAAACGCUGCGUACCGUUAGAGGACUGUCUGUCUACAGGAUGCACAUAUGUAAAGCAUGAAGAAUACAAGGUGUGCAGCUCCUGCUGCGAGGGCAGCAUCUGCAACCUGCCCGUGCCCAGGAACAGCUCCGAGGCCGUGUUCGCCACGCUCUCGCCGCCCAGCAGCGGCCCGCGCCUCUCCGCCGCCGCGCUGCUGACCGCGGCCUGCCUGGGGCUGCGGCUGGCCGCCACCGACUGA